AUGAAGUUCCUGAGUACACAAAGCAUGAGAAGAAUCCCUUUCUUGAGGUGGGGGAAGAGGAUUCCGCGCUCCGCAUCAGCUGCUGCCAUGGUUGCUAUUGUUGACAGGAAGACAAAGGUCUUAUUGGGUAGCAGCAGGAGUAAUAAGUCUUAUGUCCCUAAGCGAUGGGUUUACAAGCUGAGGUCGCAGUGGAAGCGAGCAAUCGGGUGGCACAAGAGCAGCAGCACUACUUCACAGUUCAGCUAUGACAUCCGUAGCUACGCUCUCAACUUCGAUGACGGUGGCUGCCUUGAUCAGGUCCUUAGGAGCCACGUUUUGUAG